AUGCCUGUCCGAUUUACUGAUAUAGAUUCAUCAAACCAAAAACUACCGGCUGCUUAUGGCUAUCUAUCUUCACCUCUGUUACCAUUGGAUACCGCGGUUGAACCUCUAUUCAAAUUAGUUUCACAGUUAGAACGUUAUGUUAAAAAAGCGAAAGAGGAGUGUAACACAUCCAACGAAUCCAUGACCCGCGAUGAAUCAGCAUCGAUCUAUCUGUAUACAAUGGAAAUGGAAGACGAUAGUUUUUAUCGUGUACUGAACAGAGCAUUGCGGGAUCAAUAUCGACCUGCUCUGAAGGACUGGUUUGCCUAUCUGAAACUACUCGAUACGGCGCUUAAUAAAUUACCGUCGGUAAAAUCAACGGUUUUUCGUGGUGUUCCAGAUGAUGUUAGUAACAGUUAUACUAAAGGACAAAACUUAACAUGGUGGAGUGUCAAUUCAUGCUCGCUAUCAGUGGAUGUCAUUAAGUCGUUUAUUGGCGAGAAAGAUGCAACAUUAUUCUUCAUUGAAUGCUCGAACGGAAAGAAUAUUUCAUCACUAACGGCCUUUUCCAAAGAGGAAGAAAUCAUACUGAUGCCCGGUACACGGUUACAGGUGGGUUCAAAACUGCAUCAUCAGGGCGGACUUUCAGUUAUUCAUUUAAAAGAACUAAAUGACAAUGUUCUUGAAACAGUACAAUAUGAUUCUGGAACAUAUACAGGAGAAACGAAAACUAACAAAAGACAUGGCAAAGGUGUUUUCAUGUAUAAUAGUGGAGAUAAAUAUGAUGGUGAAUGGAUAGAUGACAAAAUGACUGGUAGAGGUGUUUUCACCUGGAAUAAUGGGGAUAAACAUGAUGGUGAAUGGAGAGACGGAGAAAGGACUGGUAGAGGUGUUUUCAGUUAUAAUAAUGGGAAUAAAUACGAUGGUGAAUUCGUUGAGGGUAAGAUGACCGGUAGAGGUGUUUUCAUCUAUAAUAAUGGGGAUAAAUAUGAUGGUGAAUGGAGAGACGGAGAAAGGACUGGUAGAGGUGUUUUCAGCUAUAAUAAUGGGAAUAAAUACGAUGGUGAAUGGGCAGAUGGACGAAGGACUGGUAGAGGUGUUUUCAUCUCUAAUAGCAGAGAUAAAUAUGAUGGUGACUGGGCGGAUGACAAGAUGACUGGUAGAGGUGUUUUCAGCUGGAAUAAUGGUGAUAAAUACGAUGGUGAAUUCGUGGGGGGUAAAAUGACUGGUAGAGGUGUUUUCAGCUAUAAUAAUGGGAAUAAAUACGAUGGUGAAUGGGCAGAUGGAGAAAGAACUGGUAAAGGUAUUUUCAUUUUUAAUAGUGGGGAUAAAUAUGAUGGCGACUGGGCAGAUGACAAAAUGACUGGUAGAGGUGUUUUCGUCUAUAAUAAUGCGAAUAAAUACGAUGGAGAAUUCGUUGAGGGUAAGAUGACCGGUAGAGGUGUUUUCAUCUAUAAUAAUGGGGAUAAAUAUGAUGGUGAAUGGACAGAUGGAGAAAGAACUGGUAGAGGUAUUUUCAUCUCUAAUAGCGGAGAUAAAUAUACUGGUGACUGGGUAGAUGACAAAAUGACUGGUAGAGGUGUUUUCGUCUAUAAUAAUGGGAAUAAAUACGAUGGUGAAUUUGUUGAGGGUAAAAUGACUGGUAGAGGUGUUUUCGUCUAUAAUAAUGGGAAUAAAUACGAUGGUGAAUGGACAGAUGGACGAAGGACUGGUAGAGGUGUUUUCUUCUGUAAUAGCGGGGAUAAAUAUGAUGGUGAAUGGAUAGAUGAUAAAAUGACUGGUAGAGGUGUUUUCAGCUGGAAUAAUGGUGAUAAAUACGAUGGUGAAUUCGUGGAGGAUAGGAAGUGUGGCAAUGGUGUUUUCACCUGGAAUAAUGGUGAUAAAUAUGAUGGUGAAUUCGUGGGGGGUAAAAUGACUGGUAGAGGUGUUUUCGUCUAUAAUAAUGCGAAUAAAUACGAUGGAGAAUUCGUUGAGGGUAAGAUGACCGGUAGAGGUGUUUUCAUCUAUAAUAAUGGGGAUAAAUAUGAUGGUGAAUGGACAGAUGGAGAAAGAACUGGUAGAGGUAUUUUCAUCUCUAAUAGCGGAGAUAAAUAUACUGGUGACUGGGUAGAUGACAAAAUGACUGGUAGAGGUGUUUUCGUCUAUAAUAAUGGGAAUAAAUACGAUGGUGAAUUUGUUGAGGGUAAAAUGACUGGUAGAGGUGUUUUCGUCUAUAAUAAUGGGAAUAAAUACGAUGGUGAAUGGACAGAUGGACGAAGGACUGGUAGAGGUGUUUUCUUCUGUAAUAGCGGGGAUAAAUAUGAUGGUGAAUGGAUAGAUGAUAAAAUGACUGGUAGAGGUGUUUUCAGCUGGAAUAAUGGUGAUAAAUACGAUGGUGAAUUCGUGGAGGAUAGGAAGUGUGGCAAUGGUGUUUUCACCUGGAAUAAUGGUGAUAAAUAUGAUGGUGAAUUCGUGGGGGGUAAAAUGACUGGUAGAGGUGUUUUCAGCUAUAGUAAUGGCGAUAAAUAUGAUGGCCAAUGGGCAGAUGGAGAAAGAACUGGUAGAGGUAUUUUUAUCUUUAAUAGUGGGGAUAAAUAUGAUGGCGACUGGGCAGAUGACAAAAUGACUGGUAGAGGUGUUUUCGUCUAUAAUAAUGGGAAUAAAUACGAUGGUGAAUUCGUUGAGGGUAAAAUGACUGGUAGGGGUGUUGUUACCUAUAAAGAUGGGAAUGAAUAUGAUAGUGAAUGGAUAAAUGGAGAGGAAUGCAAAUGA